AUGCAAUUGAAACUACGUUGUACGUUUGUUAGCAGAGUCGAGCUGUUCAAUUGCCCGGAUAUACCCACUGAAGGAUUUAAGGCUCACCUCCCACCUUUCUCACUCCCUCUCUCUCUCUCUCUAUCCUUCUAUCUCUAUCUCUCCCGCUCUCUGUCUCCCCUUUCUCUGUCUUCCUCUCAUCCCUCUCUCUCCUCUCUUUCUCUGCCUCUCUUACACCCUCGAACCAUCGCCAGUGAGCCACGAAGCAUCGGCAAUGAGACUCGAACCAUCGCCAGUGAGCCUCGAAGCAUCGCCAGUGAGCCUCGAAGCAUCGCCAGUGAGCCUCGAAGCAUCACCAAUGAGCCACGAAGCAUCGCCAAUGAGCCUCGAACCAUCGCCAAAGAGCCUCGAACCAUCGCCAAUGAGCCACGAACCAUCGCCAAUGAGCCACGAAGCAUCGCCAAUGAGCCUCGAACCAUCGCCAUUUUCUCUUCUUUUUUAUUCUUUGUGAUUACCUUACAUGAUUUUCUUUCUUCCUGUCCCUCCUUCCUUCCUUCCUUCCUUGUCUUUUCUUCACUCGCAGCUUUUUACACUGAACUUUCUUUAUUUAACAGUUUCCUUCAUCUUACUUUCUCCUCAUUCAUCCGUUUUCUUUUCUCUCGUCUCUUAUACUAG